AUGGACGGAUUUGGCUCAUCACAGGCCCCAGCUGCGUAUCGUGAAGUGGAAUGGAUCGCAGAUGUUUUCGUCAUAGGGAUGGGGAUCGGCUGGGUUAUCAACUAUGUCGGCAUGGUCUACGGAUCGCUCAAGGGCCGUACAUAUGGAAUGGCUAUCAUGCCACUCUGUUGCAAUGUUGCAUGGGAAAUCGUGUAUGGCCUUAUCUACCCAUCCAAGACAUUGUAUGAGCAAGGGGUCUUUCUAAGCGGUCUUACCAUCAACCUGGGCGUCAUAUACACAGCAAUUAAAUUUGGGCCCAAGGAAUGGACUCAUGCGCCUUUGGUGAUGCACAAUCUGCCCCUGAUUUUUAUGCUGGGUAUACUCGGCUUUCUCACAGGCCACCUUGCCCUAGCCGCGGAGAUUGGCCCUGCAUUGGCCUAUAACUGGGGAGCUGCAUUCUGUCAGCUGUUGCUCAGUGUUGGAGGACUCUGCCAGCUGAUCAGUCGCGGAAGCACCCGAGGAGCCUCAUACACGCUCUGGCUUUCCCGAUUCCUAGGAUCUUUCUCCGUGGUGAUUUCGGCCUGGUUGCGUUAUAAAUACUGGCCACAGGCAUUUUCGUGGCUGGGAAAACCCCUGAUAUUGUGGUGCCUUUUUGCCUGGCUCGUUGUCGACGGUUCCUAUGGGGUUUGCUUUUAUUAUGUCAAGCGGUAUGAGCGGAGAAUUGGGCACCAUUCCGAUCGGAAGACAGUCUAG